UUUGUAGUUUUGAGAUUAUCUGUCAGCAAAAUGGCCGAAAAUCGAGCAGCGGGAAUGAAAACAAGUUACUAGUCGUAGUUUUUAGGCUGAACUUACUUAUUUAAAGUGUAAAUAUAACAACUAAGCAAUAUGAGUGAAUUCAAAGUACACCACCAUGUCAGUGAGCUGAUGAACCAACUUGAUGUCCGUUCUACUGACACAGUUGGUGCGGAGGUAUAUACAGAGAUGUUACUGAAGAAUACAACACCUUACAUAACAACAAAUGUAUCUGCAAAUCAAGCAAAAAGGAAAAUAGCCGAGUCUUCAAAAACACCCAUAGAGUUCCUGGCCAAGUAUGAUGAACUUAAAUCUAGAAAUGUGAGAGAUCUGGACCCAUUGGUUUUUCUGAUGUCAAAACUAAGUGAAGAAGAACAGACAAAAGAUGUGCUAGAGAAGAAUUUCAAGGAAAAGGCUGAGGCUCUUGGAGCUACUGUAGUUCCUCAUGAUAUACCCCAAAUGCCACCCACUGGGCAGAAAUACACACCACAGAAUGUUGUUGAGUUACAAAUGCAGUUACGGAAGUUGAAGGAGGGACCAGCCAUGUCACAGAUCACGUCCUCUGAGAUGUUGAGAAAAGCUUUAAGGGAAAAACAAGUUCAGAGAAAUGUAAAUUUGCCCCAUCAGCCAGAGUGGUUGUUUCAAAGGUCAGCUCUCACCAUGGACUUCAUUGUUGGAGUGGAUGGUCCGACAGAUUCUAAUAUUGUUCCUCUUGGAAACUUGCCAACUAUGAUGCAAGAACAGGCUAUCCUGGAUGACCUUCUGUGCUGUAUGCAGGGUAUUGAAGGGAAAUACAUACUGGCUAGAGCACUGACAGAAAGAUAUGCACCUAAGGAAUUUAUGAUUGAUCAGAGUCUAGAUUCAUCACUGCUAGAGAUGGUAAAGAGAAUCUUGCCAUUGGCCUCAAACUACUCUACUGUGGUACGCUUUAUUGAAGAGAAAUCAGCAUUUGAAUAUGGUUUAGUGAAUCAUGCACUCAGUUCAGCUAUGAGAACACUUGUCAAGGACUAUAUGGUGUUGGUGGCACAGUUGGAGCAACAGCUCAGAGUGGGCAGCCUAUCCUUGCAGAAGUUAUGGUUUUACAUCCAACCUUCCAUGAAAACUCUAAAUAUAAUGGCUUCUGUCGCCAACUCAAUAAACAGAGGAGAAUGUAUUGGUGGAGCAGUACUGAGUUUGUUACAUGAAAAAACUUCCAGUUUUAUUGGAGAUGUAAAAGGCCAAGAGCUUUGUCUGUACCUGACACAGUCUGCUUGUGUUCCCUACUUUGAGAUCUUAGAGAAAUGGAUUUACAAAGGAAUCAUCAAUGAUCCCUAUUCUGAGUUUCUGGUAGAGGAGAAUGAAACUAUCAACAAGGAGAAACUGCAGGAAGAAUACAAUGAUGACUACUGGGAACAUCAUUACACAAUAUGCCGAGAACGUAUACCCGUGUUCCUCGAACAGAUGGCUGAUAAAAUCCUCAACACAGGAAAAUACCUGAAUGUUGUACGGCAGUGUGGGCGAGAUGUGAAAUGCCCAAAUGCAGAAGAAGUGGUUUAUACAGUGAAGGAGAAGAAAUAUUUUGAACAGAUAGAGAGAGCAUACAGCUAUGCCAGUAAACUGUUGCUAGAUUUACUCAUUGAAGAAAAGGAGCUUCUUGCAAGAAUAAGAUCUAUAAAGCAUUAUUUCUUGCUGGACAAAGGGGAUUUUAUAGUACAGUUUAUGGACAUGACAGAGGAUGAGAUGAAACAAGACAUAGAGAACAUUAUGCCCCAGAGGCUUGAAUCUCUACUGGAACUUGCACUCAGGACCAGUACAGCCAAUGUAGAUCCAUACAAAGAUGAUCUCAAAGUGGAUCUGUUACAGUAUGACCUGAUAACACAGAUGUUUAAAAUAUUGUCAAUAGAGACCAGUAUGGAAGGAGAUUAUAAAAAGUUCCGUAGUGACCCUACAGAUUUACAUUUAUCUGGUCUAGAAUCUUUCUCAUUUGAUUAUGUUGUCAAGUGGCCAGUUUCUCUAGUUUUAAACAGGAAAGCAUUAACCAGAUACCAGAUGUUAUUUAGACACUUGUUUUACACAAAACAUGUUGAAAGACAACUUUGCAGUGUGUGGGUAGGAAAUAAGUCAGCAAAGAUGUACAGUCUCCAGUCAUCUAAAUGGUACUCUGCAGCAUUUGCUCUCAGACAACGCAUGUUGAACUUUGUACAGAACUUUGAAUACUAUAUGAUGUUUGAAGUUGUGGAUCCAAGCUGGAAUGUUUUUGAGACCAACAUGCUGUCUGUAUCUAAUGUAGAUGAUGUUUUGGCAUACCACACAGAUUUUCUCAACAACUGUCUCAAGGACUGCAUGUUGACAAACCCGCAACUGCUGAAGAUUGUCCACAAACUUAUGAUGGUCUGUGUGACCUUCUCCAACUUUAUUAUGAGAUUGGGAUACACAACUGAGGUGCAGAUGAGUGAUAUCUUGGAUUCCAAAGGUCGUGGAGCGUCUGACAGAUCUCACAUUGCAGACAAAAACAAAAUGAAAACUAAGGUUGUUGCUGAGCAUGUUGAUGAACUGUUGCGGAAUGAGAACUUUGAACGUACAAUAGGCAAUUUUGAUACAAAUUUCUCCCGUCUUCUUCUGGAACUACUGGAGAAAAUUAUGGAGUUCUCCACCAGUAAUGUUGAAGUUAAACUUCUAAAUAUUCUCUAUAGACUGGAUUUUAAUGGGUUUUACACAGAGAAGUUAGAGGCACUGUCUGCAGAGAAGGCUGCCCUGGAUACCUCCUCUCAUAGUUCUGAAUCAGGCUAGAUCUUUGUGCUAGGGUCAACUGGUUCCUGGCCAACAACAUCAUUCACCACAUCACGACCAGAGAAUGUACGCUAUGUGCCCGGAAAACAUCUGGGAAGAUACGGGUCAUCUUCACAUUCCGGAUCUGGCAGUUGAUGAAACACAGUUACAUGAAGAUGAAAUUGUUUGUAAUAUAAAAGGAAACGUGCCAAAUUCACUUGGAUCAACAUUGCUUUUGUUGCAAAAAAUUUAAGCCAGAAAAAUGAACAUAGCCAAAUAGUCAGAAGUUCUUCCAUUCACAAAAACCUGCUGCACAGAUAAGGGUGUUGAUAAACAGCAUAUUGCAUAAGUGAUUUCACUAUAAAAGUGGAAUCCUGUCUUGAUAAUAGAUCUGAUAUUGAUACAAAUGUUUAGUACAAAACGUUUUGUUAAGUAAGUCACAAGAUAUAUUGGGAGGCUUGUACUGUACAAGUCUAGGGUAAUGUUCUAGUUAUUAUCAAAACCAGGACUUAUUUCUAGAUAAUGUGACAUGUGUAUUUUUAUAAUGAUAUAUGCUAAUGUGACGCUUGUUGGACCUACUUGAAGUGAUGAGGUAAUGGUUCUUCCAUAUUUCACUUGUAUCUUUAUAUAUAUAAAGAUGUUAUUAAAUGCUUAAAGUUUCCACGGGGGAAAAAACUAAUUAAAUACAUUAAUACAGCUGAAGAAACUAAGUAUUUUUACAUGAUUAUUCCGAAACUUGGUACAGAAGGUUAAGCACCCCGUUUUUCAGAUGUGUUCAUUGUAUUUAUUUUGUAUGAUAUGUGCUGUAAGAUACGAUUUGUAUAUAGUGUGAAAUGUUCUGUGAUAAUAUACUUGAGAAUUUCACAAUUUAAUCUGUUGUUCUUGAAAUAUUACAUAAUUUUGAGUUUGAGCUGAAAUGUUAGCCAGUUCAAGGAUAUUUUACAGAAAAGUCCGAGAGUACCAGUACAUAGACUAAACUUCUUUGCAAAAAAAUUUAAUCUGUAAAUGUUUGAAAAAAAAAAAACUAUGUUAAUUACAUUAGUUUGAUACUUAAGAAUCUGAGAAUGGACAGCGGCCCUGUGGUACGAUGCAAGACUAUGAAACCAGGGCUCAUGAGUUUAACCCCCUACUCAAACUAAAGUAAAAAACUGAGUCCUAUGUAUGGGUAUUUUUCAUCUGGUACAAUAAAGAACCACAGAAGCUUCUGGAAUUGGGA